AUGCGUACAAUCGUGGCUAUCUGCCUCCUUGUGAAGGCUAGCUUGGCCAUCUUCGUCCCACUCACGUUCCAUCUCACUGCACGACAGACCGGGCUGCUCGACUGCCUGACCAACAAGUCCGUACCACUGACGGUCUCCACCAAUGCGAACUGGCCGGAUUAUUCCACGACCUACAACAUCCGUCUGCAGUACGAACCAGCGGUCAUCAUCAUCCCGGAUACGACCCAGCAGAUAUCCGACUCGGUCGUCUGUGCCUCGCAGAAUGGGAUCAAAGUCCAAGCAAAAUCAGGUGGCCACUCAUACGCUUCGACCAGUUCCGGUGGACGAGAUGGCUCCAUGGUCGUUGACCUCCAGCGUUUCCAGAACGUCAGCGUGGAUGAAAGCACCGGAAUUGCGGCUGUGGGCGGAGGACUGAGGCUCGGAAACAUGGCUCUGGCGCUGAACGACAAAGGGCGAGCGCUGGCCCACGGCACUUGUGCGGGAGUUGGUGUAGGGGGACACUUCACUCUUGGCGGAUAUGGGUACACUUCGAGGGCCUGGGGCAUGGGGCUAGACCAGAUCGUCGGACUGGACGUUGUGAAGGCGGACGGCUCGAUUGUGCAUGCUUCUGAGAACGAGAACUCAGAUCUGUACUACGUCAUGCGUGGUGCGGGCCCCUCUUUCGGAAUCGUCACGACUCUCUAUUUCCAAACUCAGCCCGCUCCUGCUAUCACGACCUACUUCGGCUUUUCAUUCCCCGGCGCCGCACCUGCAACGAGCAUCGACACGGCAGUAUCAUCUUUCAUUCACCUACAAGACGUGGCUCAAAACACCUCCGUAAUAACUCGCAAUCUCAGCUUCGGGGUCACUCUGGGUGCCAACGGCUUUCAAGUCCGCGGCGUGUACCUCGGGUCAGCAAGCGACUUCAACAGCACGAUCUCGCCGGAGCUUCUGCGCGGGCUACCGCAGCCGGAAAUGCCAGUUACCGUGCAAGAGCUUGACUGGCGCUCAAACCUAGAGUUAUUGAACGGCGGUAGUCUAGCCGUGUCUACAACCGAGCCGUACAGAGCGCGGGACAACUUCUUUGCCAAGAGCGUGGCUGUGCCAGAGCCUGGAUUCUCCAAGGCGGCGCUUACGAGUUACCUUACCUAUAUCGCGAACCAGGGGGCGAACCCGCCUAGUCCCGUGUCGUGGUUCGCCAUAGUCAACCUGGACGGUGGAAGCGAUAGCCAGAUCAACGCGCGAGAUGCGAAUUUCUCUGCUUACGGGCACAGGAACCUGAUGUGGACGGUGCAAAAUUAUGGAUUCGUUGGAGCCGACCAAACAUUCCCUGACGCGGGAAUCGACUUCAUGAAUAGGCUCAAUGGGGCCAUCACGGAUGUCUUGGCUGGUGAAGGAGUUGAGUAUGGGGCAUAUAUAAACUACGCAGAUCCAAGUCUCGCGGCGGAGGAGGCGAAUCGUUUGUAUUAUGGUGAUGAGUUGGUGACGAGGCUAAAAGGUUUGAAGGCGGUUCUUGACCCAGACAACAUUUUCGCUCAUCCACAGUCCAUCAUCCCAGGUAGUUGA